AUGAACCUCAUGAUUAUUAUCAUAAUAAUAAUUAAUCAAUUGUAUUUUUAUUUUGGAGACUUUCUUGAUAACUUUACAGAUGAUAUUGUAUUAGCUGAAACAUAUUCUAUAAAUUUAGCAUCUGACAUUACAAUAACAAUAGCAAUUUUAAUGAAAUUUUUGAUUAUACAUUUUUAUUAAACAAGAUAAAUGUGUUUUCUUUAUUCUUAUAACUUAAAUCUUUACAUCAUUAGAAGAAUAUGUUAGUAAUUCUUUAUAUAAAUUAUUUAGAAUUACAUUUUGCAUAAACUUUGGAAGCUUCCUUAAUGUUGUUUUAAUUAUUAUCUUACUAAAAUAGAAAUAAUUAUUUUCAAAUAGACCAAACUUAGAAAGAUUGAUCAUGAAUCUUAUUUCUAUUGCAACUGAUUUAUAUAAAAUGAAGUAUAUAUGUUAAAGCUUUUUUGGAUAAUUAGUAUGA